GAUCCAUACACAGUCGCCCGUGAACGCAGCCAGUAGCGUCGUCGUGUUACGCCGCCGCCUCGCAAACAACGGAACCCCCGGUGCCUCCGCGAUUCGUCUGAACGAAGGAGGCCGGAGUGCUACGUGGAUGUCGUCGGGACGUCGGACGUCCGGGGGCGUCGUCGUCGGCCCCGCUGGAAGUAGUGAACAUGGUCCAUUCAACCUUCGCCGCCACCGGUCAGAAGGACCCCUCCUGCUGCUCCCCGUUGGGCAUCCCUAAAUCGCCCUCUUUUCACAGCGGCCUGGACCUGGUGGCCUCCGCCAGCGUGGACUCGCUCAAGACGCUGCAGCACCUCAACGCGUCCUCUCAGCAACAGCUGAACUAUUGGGGUUCCGAGACCCGAGAGGUACACGGACAAUUCCUCAAGAUGACAUCAUUGGAUGGAAGCGCGAACAGUGGCGGUUUUUACGGGAAGGACAGUAACGGUUUCGCGAAAAUGAUUGAUCCCGUCGCCGCCAAGAACGGUCUGGUCUCGUACGGAACCCUACAGCGCAACAAGAACGUCAACGCUGUGAUGAUACUUCAGUCGAUAGGACCUCUACCCUCGUUGCAAGAAGCUGCACCUUCUGACAGAGAGGAAUUAUUUGUCCAAAAAUUGAGGCAAUGUUGUGUCCUCUUCGAUUUUGUCACUGAUCCCCUGUCUGACCUCAAAUGGAAAGAAGUGAAACGUACAGCUCUCCAGGAGAUGGUGGAGUAUGUUACCCAACAGAAGGGAGUCAUUACAGAGGCCAUAUAUCCUGAAGCUGUUCAUAUGUUUGCUGUGAAUCUCUUCCGAACUCUACCGCCUUCAUCAAAUCCAAAUGGGGCCGAGUUUGACCCUGAAGAAGAUGAACCCACUCUGGAGGCUGCUUGGCCCCAUCUUCAGUUGGUAUAUGAAUUAUUCCUAAGGGUGCUAGAAGCACAAGACUUCCAGCCUAACGUAGCAAAAAGAUAUAUUGACCAGAAGUUUGUUCUUCAGUUACUUGAACUAUUUGAUUCAGAAGAUCCAAGAGAAAGAGACUUGUUGAAAACUACUUUGCAUAGGAUCUACGGUAAAUUUUUAGGACUGAGAGCUUUCAUACGGAAGCAAAUCAACAAUAUUUUCUAUCGAUUCAUCUAUGAAACCGAACAUCACAAUGGUAUAGCAGAAUUGCUCGAAAUUUUGGGUUCAAUUAUCAACGGUUUUGCUCUACCGUUAAAGGAUGAACAUAAGGUUUUCCUACUACGAGUACUUAUGCCCUUACACAAGGUGAAAUCGUUAUCAGUCUACCAUCCCCAACUGGCCUAUUGCGUGGUCCAGUUUCUGGAGAAGGAUCCUUCUUUGACUCAACCGGUUAUCCGUAGCUUACUCAAGUACUGGCCUAAGACCCACAGUCCCAAGGAAGUCAUGUUCUUGAAUGAACUCGAGGAAAUAUUGGAUGUGAUAGAGCCAGCCGAGUUUCAGAAGGUCAUGGUUCCGUUGUUCAGGCAGCUAGCAAAGUGCGUCAGUUCCCCGCAUUUCCAGGUGGCAGAGCGCGCCCUCUACUAUUGGAAUAACGAGUACGUCAUGUCUCUGGUCUCAGAGAAUGCGGCCGAGAUUCUUCCCCUCAUGUUCCACAGUCUCUACAAGAACUCCAAGACCCAUUGGAACAAAACCAUUCAUGGACUGAUUUAUAACGCCUUGAAGCUCUUCAUGGAGAUGAACCAGAAAUUGUUUGAUGAGUGCACUCAGCAGUACAGGCAGGAAAGACAGAAAGAAAGAGAACGGCAACAUCAAAGGCAGGAACUUUGGGGCCGUGUGGAGAACCUGGCAGCAUCCAGGCCCGAAUUUGAGCAACUUAGAAACGAGCUUGAAAACAUGAACAUCAAUAAUGUGAUAACUAGUCCAGAUCAAGACGAUGAAGUGCAUUUAGAAAAUAUGGAACAGGAGGCUAUAGAUGUGAAGAAAGGAGGUAGAAACAUGACGAGACCGCUGGUGCGUCGUAAAUCGGAACUGCCCGUCGAUCAGACAACGGUGAAGGCUCUGAACGAUCACAAGAGGGCUGACGAAUAUCUCACAACACCACCGGAUGUUAACAAGUGCUAGUUGCCAUUCACGAUUUCGGGCUAUUCAAGUCGACGCCCCACAAUUGAAGGAAAAGUCCAUGGUUUGCUGGAACGGCACUUGGUAAAAAGAUCGGAAGAGAGCUUAGUGCCAAUGUUGAACAUUUAUAUAUAUAUUUAUAUUAUGCAUUCUUGUUUUUCCUUUUGUUGUUAAAUUUAUGAUGGGAUGGGUACUGUUCUCUUCUUCUCGCUGACGGACGCAAAGUGGAGGUGAAAUUGUUUUUGGACGGUGCUCUGUUGAACCAAAUCCUUUGAGAUGUUAGACAAUUUGAUUUUGAUGCUUUCGAAAUUGAGUUGUUACGAAAUUUUGAACCAUUCGAUAGAUUAUUGGAUGAAUAUGUGAUAAAAAAUAACACUAGUUUGUUUUACAACUAGACUAAGUGUGGAAAGAUGAAUAUGAAUAAGUUAGUUUAGCGAUACCAUGGAAAAUAUAAUUCCAAGUGCCACAUUAUUAUUUUACUAAGGGAUUUUUUUCCAUUCUUAGAACAUUUUUAUUCAAUUAAGAAAAAACUGUCAUUAAAAAUAUAUGAAAAAAGAAAUAUUGUUUCAUUUUAUGCAUUUGGAAAGGUUUAUUGUUGUAAUCAAAGCAAGUUCACAUUAAUAGUUUUUGUGUUCUAUUUCUUUAAUAUAUGCUGAUUCAGAUAGAA